AGAAUGAUAGAAAUCAGCUUCUGACCUGCGACGACGCUAAUGCCGUCCCAAACUAUUCUCUCAUUUCGUUUCGAGGUUGUGGCACGUCUGCGGAAUAAAGCGGGUAGAGCACAGUGUGCAAAAGCAAAGACAAAAGUCAUCAAAGCAGUCGCCAAAAGCCGAACCUGGUAAAAAGGAAUCAGGGUCCAAAAUAGCCAUUGUCCUGUGCUCUCCCGCUGGAGUAAUAGAGAGGAGAGAGGAGCACGACCGGACGAGCACUCCAGUCAGCUCCUCCUUUUUCUUCUCAAAGCACGCUUCUUGCGGAAAAGGUGUCGUCGGAUUCUUGAUUCGAGAAGGCGUCCAGAUGUCAGCUUGGAGGAGAGUGGAGCAAGGAUCAAAAGAUUGGAUUCCUUCUUGAGGACUAUGGAAGACUGAGGAAAAAGGAAUCGCUCUGUUUCCUUCUUUGAGGUUUCCUGUGGAUUUGAUGUUUGUUGUUUGUUCAUUUCUUGUUCAGUUUCUUCCUUGGAAGCUUCAGAGCUUGAAGUUGACUGCGAAAACGAAGACUCCCUUGUGGUUCUUUUGGCUGCAUGAGCGUUGUACAAACAUUUAGCAAUCUUACUUGUUAGAUAUAUAUACUGUACACACUGGAACUUGGUUUUUGGAUUUGGAUUCGUAGCCUUUUGUGUUGCAUUUUACAGAGUGGAACUAGUUUUGAUUCGUUUCAUUGUCAAGAUCUGGUAAAAUAUGAGGAAAUGCUUGAAGUUUAGUUGAGAGCAGGAGAAAAUUUGUCUGAUUGUUCCCCUUCUCGAAGAAGGCAGUAACAGCACAAAGUUCUGUUAUUUAUGAAUCGCCUUCUCUUCUCUUCGAAUAAGAAUCUGUUUUCAGGUCCUCAAAUCCCCCUUGCUCGAUGGAAAAAAGAUCCAUUAAAAGGCCUCCACAAGUUGAGAAGGAUAGCACAGGCUGCAUGUGGCCUAUUAUUAGUUUGUUUGACUUCCACCAAAGCCAGCCUGCUCCGAGGUUACUUUCAGAUGUUCGUCCUGCAAGUUCUAGACGAGGUGGUAGAGAUUAUUCAAAAAUUAAACUUGAUAAAUCAGGCCGUAACGAAGACAAAGGUGAAAAUGUCAAGAAAGUUACUGGAACCAAGGCAAAGGGAGAUGCUGCAAGCUUUGCUAGUGUUAAAACUCUCAUGAAGGAAGAAAUGCUUCAAGAAAGGAGUAAUAAGUACGAGCUGAAUUCAGAUUCUGAUUUUAACAAUCAAACCAGGCCUCCAAGUUUGGGGUUUGAAAGUUAUUCAAAAAAUGCACGAUUGUCUCGGGACGAUAUUAUGAGUUCCAAGAAAGGCCAUCAAGUUGAAAAUGAAGAUAUGGUUAAUAAGCAAAAUAGAUCUAGGUUUUUUUGGAGUAAAGAUAAAUCAAAGGAGAUAGGAUCACCAAAAAAAAGUGAGGAUUUGGAUAAUCAAAAUCAAGCACCUGUUGAAAACCACAGAACAAGAACAAAGGAGCAAAAAAUCAAAUCCAUUCCAAACUUUUCACGUCCAUCACAUAGUAAGACAGUUGACGAGGAAGGUGAUGGAGUUAUGUCCAAUUUUUCUCUUAGGGAGAUCAAAAGAAAGAUUAAGAGUAUAAUUGGUGGGAGUAAGAAAGAACGACGAGCAAUCUCCAUGGAUGGUAUUUUACACAAAAUUCCCAUCAGGCACAAGGAUCGAGCUGACGGAGAAAAAUUGCUCAAUAAUGACAGUGUAGUUGCAAGUUCUCAAAGCAAAUCCUUGCAUGAUAAAGAAAAGCCUUCCAUUGUCUCUCCCAUUGCAAGUUCGGUCAUCAAUAACAAUAGAAUCAGAAUUGAUCCCUCUGUAGCAAAAUCAACUCCUCCUAUAUAUGAAGAAGCAAAGAAGCACCUUGUCGACAUGCUAGAUGCUGAAGGUCCAAGAACAAGCUCCCGAACAGCUCAUGUCUCCAAAUCUCUAGGGAAAUUGUUUUCUAUGCAAGAGGAUGAUGCAUUACGUAUGAAAAUGAGUCACAAAGGUGAAAAAGAGAUUGUCUUGACAUCCGAAGAAGCAGUGUCUAUCCCCUUACAGAAGUUCGAUGAAGAUGCAAACAAUUCACUAAGCCCAUCGAAACACAAUGUGGAGGUUUUGUCUUGUUCCAUUGACUAUCAAAAUGAUGAAAUUCUUGGAUUAAAAACUGAGAUUGCCAAUAAAUGUGUUGUAUCAGAUCCAAACCAUGCAGCAAAUGUACGAAAUGUGGAAACAGUGGAUGCAUUUAGCAAGUUAUUGAAUGACCAAUCAGAUGCAUCAUCAGAGUCAAAUAGCAAGGAAGCUGCUGUUGCAUGUGCAGUGUUGAAUGAAGAUUUGGCACACACUAUGAUUCAAUCAGUACCAAGUUCUUACCGCAAAGAAAGUUUCGAGACUCCUGAAAGCCCCAUAAAUAAGCCAGGGAGAUCGCCAGUUUCUGUUUUCGAGAAAUUUAUCCCAGACGACUUCACCAUUCCUAAACUCAGAGCUGUGAACUCUAUAUUUCCAACAAAAGAAGAGCGAACCACUUCAAGGACAUAUUUUGCCAAUAGGAAAGCUAGAAUCAAGUACAUUGAAGUUGUUCUGGAAGCAUCAGGGUUAAGAGCUAUUGACUUCUCGAGAUGGCAUUUGGCCAACAAUUUACUUGAGCAAUCUGUUUUUGAUGAAGUAGGGAUUUCAUGCUAUCAACAGAUAGAUGAUCUAAAGCUCCUAUUUGACUGCAUUUAUGAGGCUCUCAAGGAGAUACAGGAGAAGUUCUUCAAAUGCACUCCUUGGGUGUCCCUGCUCUCAUCCAAUGUUCUGCUUGCACCGGCAGAACUGAGCCCAAGUAAAGAAGUUGACAGAAUUAUCACAGGGCAUAUUCCAAUGGACUUUUCAGAUUCAAUUGAUCCUAUAGUAACAAGCGAUAUGGAGAUUGGACGUUGGAUGGACAUUCAGUUUGAAACUGAGGAGGUGGUCCUUGAGAUAUGGGAUACUGCACUAGAUGAUCUAGUCGAAGAAGCCAUCUUUGAUUUGUGGCUUGAUCUCUCAGCUGACUGGUAAUACUACUUUUGUUCAUAGUUGAAAAAAAUUGAGACAACGAGUGCAGUAAACCAUGUUUAUACUACAAUAACCGAAAGAGAAAUAUGUUAUAAGCUUGUCAAAGGAAAGAAUGGAUUGGUAGAAGCAAUAAUAGAGUUCUGCAGUGUCGCUUUCGUGUUGGUUACAGUUUACGCCUAAAUACUAAUUCUUAUUGUUGUGGGGACUGUAAGAAGCUUGAGUGUAGGUAUGCAUAAUGUAUACUGCUGUAUGUGUCAAUUUUCUAUUUCCCUUUAAUGACUAAAGAAUGCUAGAUUUCGAGAUGUCUUUUGCAACUACAUGGCCAUUUAAAUGAUCAAAUUCAACUA